AUCCCUUCGCUCUCCCUCGCCGCUCACUCGUGGUGUUGCUACUCUGGCCGGACAGCGCGGCGCAAACGCAUCUUAGCUCGAGUGAGAAAUGUGCUGAGAGAAAUCGCACAGCGGCACCGGUGUUCCGUCACGCGGUCCUUUGCGUUUUUUGCGUUUUUCUUCUUCUUCUUCCACUGAGAAUGAAGAAUUGAGUCAUCUGUGAGCGCAGUCAUGGCUGUCCAGACUGGCAUCCAGGUAUGGUUUGGCGAGAAAUUCGACGCACCCGUGCUGAGCCCUCGGAGCCCCCGCAGCCCCUUGGCGCAGCGGCACGGCCCCGGCCUCGCCGACGUCUUCCAGUACGACCAGUGGCUGGCGGUGCGGCAUGAAGCCACCCUGGUGCCCAUGCAGGAGGAUCUCGCCAUCUGGCUCACGGGAAUGCUAGAAGAGGAGGUGCGGAGCGAGUUCUUCAUGGAGGAGCUCAACAACGGCGUGAAGCUCUGCCAGCUUAUCGGCGUCCUGCAGACGAAGAUCGCCCAGAGUUGCCCCUCUGCACUCGGCAAGCUCUUUCCUACAAGGAAGGUUGCCUGUAAGCGCGACGCCUCUCCGGGUUCCUUCUUCGCCCGCGACAACACUGCCAACUUCCUUUCUUGGUGUCGACACAUAGGCGUGGAAGAGACCUACCUCUUUGAGUCGGAGGGGCUCGUGCUGCACAAGGAGCCCAGGCAGGUCUGCCUCUGCCUGCUGCAAAUUGGACGCAUCGUGUCAAAGUACGGUGUGGAGCCACCAGUGCUGGUGAAGCUGGAGAAGGAAAUUGAGCUGGAGGAGACCCUGCUGCUGACCGAGGAGCCUCCUCCGGCCGUCCAGACUUUCAGUGUGUGUUGCCAGCAUGGUGGCCUCUACCAGUCAGGGGAGCACGGCGUGGACGACCCGCCUUGCUGCAACUGCUCCAACAGGGUGUCCAUUGAGUACCUGUCAGAGGGUCGCUACCGGCUUGGGGACAAGACCAUCUUUAUUCGGAUGCUUCACGGCAAACACGUGAUGGUUCGCGUCGGAGGCGGCUGGGACACGCUGCGCGGCUUCCUCACUAAGUACGACCCGCUGCGCGUGCUUCAGUUCACCACCCUGGAGCAGAAGAUCCUGGCUUUCCAGAAGGGCCCGCCCGGCUUGGGAGGUCACCAGGGCAACGCGGCACCACCUCCCGAAAUGGACCCCCUGGCGGCCGUCGACGACCUCAUCUCCUCCUCGUCCUCCGCUUCGUCUUCGUCGUCGUGCUCCUCCUCCUCGGGCUCCAAGACGUCGCCGCCCGCCGCUGGUCAGACGUGUCGCUCCUACGCGGCCUCGCCCGCCUGUACGCCCACGCUAGCCAGGAAAGGGGCUGCCGUGGUGCCGCGCAAGAACCUCCAGAUCACGCCGCCCGCCCCCAGGAAGCCCACUCAGCUUCCCCUGCCCGUCUCCACCAAAGCCUCGUCCUCAUCAUCCUCCCCAUCUUCUUUGCCCAGCACGCCUUUGGGCGGCUCCAAACAGUCACCCGGUCCGGCGCAGGUCGAACGCAGAGCCGUGACGCCCCAAGCAGACCCGUUUGCCGCGUCCAAACUGAGGCUAAGACCGCCCACUCGGGUCCCCGCAACUCACCCGAGGAGUCCGGUCUGCCCCGAGCCUUCUUCCAAAUUCCCCAAACCGUCCAGCCCCACCGCCACCCCCGUGCCUCGCCCUGCCACCGCCCCAAAUGACGCCCGACCCCCAACGGGUGCCGGCCAGCGCCCCCGCUUGGCGCAGCGUCGCCCGGGUUCCCCCGCCUCGCGUCUCCGUCUCGAGACGGCGAGGCGGGUCAGGGUGGCGGCACGUGCUGCGGCGACGCCCGUUCCGCACGCUCGCCCGGCCUCCCCCGCUCUGCUGAAACCCGCCUCCCUCAUCCCCGUUAAAGACACCGCAGCCAAAACCAAGGGGCCGGCCCCAGCCAAGGAUCCCAACCCCCUGCAACGCGGCACUACCGCUCCUUGGCGUCACCCUGGGGUCAAUGCCGCGCCCACCUCCAAUACUAAAGCCAAUCAGAAAGAAACUGCCAUAACGCAGAAGGCAGCGCAGAAACUGUCUGCUUCGACAAACGCCGCCAAACCUGAGCUCACUCAAGUCGCGGCCCCUCAGAAGACCACCCCAGAUGUCAAAGCAAAGACGGAGCCCAGCACCGGCAGGAAGAUCCCGCAGUACAGAGGCAAGCGUGAAGAUCCUUAUUUCGAAAUGAACUGUCGGAGAAGGCAGAAGAUGUGAUUGGAGAGGCCUCGCCAGCAGGCUGGUGACUCAACGGGCUGGGGGGGAAUAAAUCAGCACUUGUUGUCGCUCCUUUUAAACUAAUCCUUACAUGUCGACUGUAAAUUUGUUUCAGGGGUGUCCAAACUUUUUUUGACACGCCGCCGCAAAAAAAAAAAAAACUUCGGCCGGUCGUUUGGACUCCCCUGCUUUGUAUCCUAUUCAACAGAUUUCAUUUAAAAGGUUCGAUAGUUUGUACGAUUUGUCAAUGUGACUCAACUACCUGCUUUAAACAGUUACUUAUCAUGUUUACAUUUUUACACACGCAGCAGUCGCGACGUUCUGAGAUACUUUGUCCAAAGUGAGCUUCGGAAAUGGAGGAACAGGCUACCAAAGUCUCGCGUGUCGUUUUCCUGCGACAAAGCUGGAACUCGAAUGAUUUGAUUUCUCCAGCAAGUGAUGGAUCACGACACUUUGGCACCAUCAUGAUGGAGUCCUCUGUCAUGUGCCUUCAUCACAAAUCGGAGUGAAUGGCAUUAGAAUGUAUUAGAUGAUGGGUGGGUGAAAGGGGAUUUUUUUUUUUUUUUUUUUUAGAUAAAAAAAUAUAUAUAAAUAUUUGAAACUUGCACAGUGUGUACAAACACUUUUUAAGGAGGAAAAUGUUACAGAUAAACUACUGAUCAAACACGUUUUUUUCUCUCUUUUACCAGGCCAGGCCAUCACUCUCAGUGCACAUUCAAAGCAGUAUAGAUUUGUUUUUUAUGAUCUCUAUGUUGGCGUGUCUGUCGAAAUUCUAGUUUUCUAUGUGGUGUUUGUGCGUGUGUUCAUAAAUAGAGUAUUUACAGAUUAUUAAAAGCCCACCCCCCCUUUUUUUUCUGUGUUUGGCACUUUACAGAAACCUCUGUCACAUUUUGAAUGUUGAUUGUGUCUCUUGACCCAGAUACUUUUUUUUUCAUGUGGUUGUUUUUGAUUAAAUUGGUCAAAAUCCA